UGACAGCAGGUGUAUUUUGAAAGUCUGAAUUCUACUUUUUUGAAAAUUCUUUGUCCUGAUUAGAAAGUGAUUAAUUUAUAAUGUUAUCUGGAUCAUUUAAUUGAAUUUGAUUAUACUCCGGUCAGUCACCCUUGUUCACGGGAUUUUCUUCCAUUUUUUACCACCCCUUACAUAGGAUGUGAUUGUAAAUACAUCCAUUUGAUAACUUUUAUCAGGGAAUAAUAAGAUAGUUUCCUAUUGAUAUUAAAUCGUUUUGUUCAUUAUGUUGUUCAAAUUAUAAAUCUGCAAUAAUUAUUUAUUUAUAAUGUGAAUUAGAAGAAGCAAUAUGGAAAAAAGUGUAGUGCACUUUAUUUUGAAAGAUGCAGUUGAUCAAAAAGAGGACCAAUACCAAAAUCUCCGUAAAGCACUUCAAAAGAUCGAUGGUACAGUUGUCAAGUUGCCUGAUCAAACGAAUACUCUCCACUGCGUUGAAGUAACAAUUCCAGAAGCCAACUAUCAGCUCGUAAGGGAGACCUCGGAAACGCUCGGUUUCGAACCGUUGAUCAACCACAAGGCGGACCUAGAAGCUGUCACCGUCUUGUCCCACACCGGAGAUGGUGCAGAUUCGAAAGAUUACGGUGAAGAAGACGAGGAUGGUACGGUUAAGGUGACCAUCGAAGGGAUGACAUGCAAUUCCUGCGUGAGGAGCAUAGAGGACGUGGUCGGUCAAAAACCGGGAAUAUUCAACAUAAAGGUUUCCCUGGCUAACAAGUCAGCCCUGGUACGUUAUGAUGUAAGGAAGAUUACACCACAAGAUAUAUGCGAUUAUAUAGACGAGAUGGGCUUCGAAGCGGCAGUACCACUGUUGAGCGGCCAGCAAACGGUCAAUCAGAGCUAUAUCCACAUCAAUGGCAUGACCUGUAACUCCUGCGUGGAAUCCAUCCAAGGAAUGAUAUCCACGAGGGAAGGCGUGAAGAGUAUAUCGGUUGAUCUGCAGAAAAAAGAGGCCUUCGUAGAAUUCUCCAGCGAGGUGAACGCAGAACAAAUAGCCGAAAUGAUAGAAGAUAUGGGUUUUGAGGCCUACGUGAAGACUGUUAAUGGUAAAGAAUAUAAAAUAGAUAAUAGGAAAACGCAGAAUGGCAAACUGGCAACUAAUGGUCGCGCGGACAGGGAGACCGAAGAAUUAAACUUGGAAAAAUGCCAGUUGCAGAUCAAAGGGAUGACCUGCGGUUCCUGCGUUGCUGCUAUCGAAAAACACGUGAUGAAAAUAACAGGUUGCCACAAGAUCCUGGUCUCCCUCCUGGCCGCCAGGGCGGAGGUACUCUUCGACCCUUCCUUCACCUCGCCCAACGACAUAGCCGGCUCCAUAUCGGAGCUCGGUUUUCCCUCUUUGGUCCUGGUGCAAUCCGGAGGCAGCGAGGCGGAAUUAGACCUGGAAAUCGGCGGGAUGACGUGCGCCAGUUGCGUGUAUAAAAUCGAGAGCAACGUGGUCAAGCUGCGGGGGGUGGUAUCGGCCAAGGUCGCCCUCACGACCCGUAGGGGUAAAUUCCUGUACGACUCGGAGAUCACCGGUCCUAGAGACGUGAUAAAGGCCAUUGAAGAUUUGGGUUUCACGGCCGAACUGUUGAAUAAGGAUAGGGGCGGGGAUUAUCUACACCAGAAGGAGGAGAUACGUAGGUGGAGGAACGCCUUUUUGGUUUCUCUGAUCUUCGGCGCGCCCAGUAUGGUAGUUAUGAUGUAUUUCAUGUUUGUCAUGUCGACCGGCACCAUGAGCCACAAGGAUAUGUGCUGUGUCGUUAAGGGUCUGUCCUUGGAAAACCUCAUAAUGUGGGCGCUCUCCACGCCCGUCCUAAUCUUCGGCGGCCGUCACUUCUUCGUCCAGGCCUACAAGGCCCUGCAACACUGCACGACGAACAUGGACGUACUUAUAGCGAUGGCAACGUCGAUCUCCUACACUUACAGCGUGUGCGUAGUCGUGGCAGCCAUGGCGACCGGACAGAACACCUCCCCGCAGACGUUCUUCGACACGCCCCCCAUGCUGUUGGUCUUCAUCAGUCUGGGCAGAUGGCUGGAACACAUCGCCAAGGGAAAAACAUCAGAGGCUCUUUCCAGAUUGUUAUCUCUGAAGGCCACGGAGGCUCUGUUGGUGACGUUGGGCGCGAAGGGCGAGGUGGAGAGCGAGAAACAGGUGCCGGUGGAUCUGGUGCACAGGGGAGACGUGCUGAAGGUGAUCCCGGGCUCCAAGGUGCCGGUGGACGGUAAGGUGAUACAGGGUCAGUCGAUGUGCGACGAGAGUCUCAUAACCGGCGAGAGCAUGCCGGUGCCGAAGAAGAUCGGUUCUAGCGUGAUCGGCGGUUCGAUAAAUCAGCACGGUCUGCUGAUUGUGGAGGCGACGCACACCGGCGAGGCCACGACGCUGUCGCAGAUCGUCAAGUUGGUGGAGGAGGCGCAGACGUCCAAGGCGCCGAUACAGCAGCUCGCCGAUAAGAUUGCGGGGUAUUUCGUUCCAACUGUCGUCUUCCUGUCUCUGUUGACUUUGGUGGUCUGGUCGAUAAUCGGAUCGAUCAACAUCGAUUAUCUGCCUGUUGGUAACGCGGAGAAGGAGGGAUUCACGGAGACCGAGGUGCUGUUACAGUUCGUCUUCAGGUGCGCGCUGAGCGUAUUGGCCAUCGCGUGUCCUUGCGCGUUGGGCCUGGCCACGCCCACCGCCGUCAUGGUGGGCACGGGCGUGGGCGCGAUGAACGGUAUCCUGAUAAAAGGGGCGGAACCCCUAGAAAACGCGCACAAGGUAAAGGCCAUCAUGUUCGACAAAACCGGCACGAUAACCAAGGGCGUGCCCGAGGUGGCCAGGAUCUGGCUGACCGGCGACAUAUACAACCCCGCGGUCAUACUCAGCGCCCUUGGAUGCGCCGAGACGAACUCCGAACAUCCCAUCGGCAUAGCCAUCAUCAGAUACGUAAAAGACGUCUUGAAUUGCGACAUGACAGGGUUCGUCUCGAACUUCCAAAGCGUGCCCGGAUGCGGCCUCCGAUGCACCGUGUCCUCGCUGUCCACCAUGGUGAACAACGCGAAGAACAACAAGGAACUGUCCGAGUUCGCCUCGCUGGUGUCCGCGGGCAGUUCCGGCACCUUUUCCCUGCUGAACGUGCAGGUGGACGUGACCCAUUCGCAAAAUCUGAUGUUGGGCAGACUGAUCGGCAUAAAUUCGCAGGAUGACGAUAACGCAUCAGGGGGGGAGUAUCAGGUGAUCGUCGGGAACAGGGAGUGGAUGAACAGGAACGGACUGUUGGUCACCGACGACAUGAACAGGAGGAUGGUGGACGAGGAGGAGCAGGGGAGGUCCGCGGUUCUGUGCGCCUUAAACGGUAAAAUCGUAUCGAUGAUAAGCGUCGCGGACACCGUCAAACCGGAAGCCAGCCUGGCCGUGUACUCCCUGAAGAGGAUGGGACUGGAGGUCAUACUGCUGACGGGCGACAACAGAAAGACGGCGGCUAGCAUAGCCAGAGAGGUGGGCAUCACGAAGGUCUACGCCGAGGUGUUACCGUCGCACAAGGUAGCCCGGGUGCAGAAGUUGCAAGCGAAGGGCGUUAAGGUGUGCAUGGUGGGGGACGGCAUCAACGACUCCCCGGCCUUGGCCCAGGCCGACGUAGGCAUGGCCAUAGCUGCCGGUACAGAUGUAGCGGUGGAAGCCGCGCAUGUGGUGUUGAUGAGGAACGACUUAUUGGACGUUGUAGCUUGUUUGGAGCUAUCGAGAUGUACAGUAUCCAGGAUAAGGCUGAAUUUCUUAUUCGCCAGCAUGUACAACCUUUUGGGUAUCCCUCUGGCAGCGGGGGCCUUCAGCAUGUUCGGCCUCAUGCUGGCGCCGUGGAUGGCGAGCGCGGCCAUGGCCCUCAGCAGCGUGUCCGUGGUCGGGUCCAGUCUGCUGCUGAAGCUGUGGAGGAAGCCCACCAGGGCGGAUCUGGAAACGCCCGAAUUCCUGGCGAUGAGAGACAGGCAAGAGAUGGACGCGAUAUCGAUACAUCGCGGACUGGACGACAUAGAGAAUUAUACGAGCCCCCCUAACGGAAUUUCAAGGAUACUUGGAAGAGGAAAAAAUCCCAAAGAUUCCCUGCUGAAUAACGAGGAUAACACGCACGUGGAAUUCAGUUCUAAAAAGAACACCCUUAUAGAAUCUCUAAUGUAAAAAAUAACCCCAUGUUACUUAAGUAUCAUAUUACAAGUGAAAAAUAUACACGAAUAUUUUAUCUAAACACGUUUUGUUUUUAAAUAUAUUUGAUAUAUUUUCAAUUUUAUAUAAUUGAGAAAGUUUU